AUGGCCUGUACCGGCUUCAAGCGUACAGCUCGGCAGAUGGCAAAAACCUUGAUACGAACGGCCGAAGAGCCCUACGCUUUCGUUAAGUCGCAGAUGCAGGAUAAGAAAGCGAAGACAUCCUUCCUCUCUCAAGCCAUGGAAUCUCUCGGCUCAGACGCAUCUAUGGAGUACAUCAACAAAUGGUCCGCUGCGUCCAUGUACCUGGGUGGCGCAGACACCACCGUCUCGUCGCUGAUGACGUUCUUCCUGGCCAUGGCCGUCUUUCCGGAAGUCCAGAAGAAAGCUCAAGACGAGCUGGACCGUGUGAUUGGCGGAGAGCGACUUCCAAUCACCAGCGACAAAUCAAGCUUGCCGUAUAUUGAGGCCGUAGUGAAGGAGACGCAUCGAUGGCAUCCUGUGGGACCCAUGUCAAUACCCCAUUCCUGCACGCAGGAGGAUAGUAUCAAUGGGUAUAGGAUACCGAAGGGAGCGAUGAUCUUGCCUAACAACUGGUGGUUCACACACGACCCAGCCGUCUACCCCGAUCCUAUGACCUUCCGUCCCGAACGCUAUAUCACGACACCAAACCAUACCGCGGAGUCCGAUCCACGUACAUGGACAUUUGGCUACGGGCGUCGAGUCUGCCCUGGACGCUAUGUCGCCGAUAACGCUCUUUUCGCGACAAUCGCGCAGUCGCUGGCUGUCUUCAAUAUCGAGAAGCCUAUCGAGAACGGAAAGCUAGUAGAGCCCAAGGUUGAGUUUGAGCCUGGCGUGAUAAGCCACCCAAAGCCGUACCGUGUGAACAUCGUACCGAGGAGUGAGAAGUGCAGAGAGUUGGUCAAGCAAGCGGAGGAGGUGUACCCAUGGGGCGAAAGUGAUGCUGAGACUUUGAAGAAUCUGAGCUAG